AUGGGUUGGUUGUCUAACAUUUCCUUCUCUUCUUCCUCCUCGUCGUCCCCUUCUUCGUUUUCGUCUGUGUUCAGAUCAUCGUCUGCCGAGUCGCCAAAACAGAAGGCGAGCGAUGACGGAGGAUGGAUGUUCCGAUCGAGGAGGAAGCUCACGCGACAGAGGAAGCAGCUUUUGAUCAGCGGCGGCGGCGGCGGAGGAGACCAAGACGGUGGAGGUGGAGCCAUGAACAAAUGUCUGAAUUCUCCGUUGCCUGAAAUUGCAUCGUCGCUGGCUACUCCGCAGCCGCUUCCUUUGCCGGAAUUGGCGAAAGAGAGGUGCCGGAAAGAGAGGGGCUCGGGUUGCAAUUCCGGUGAUUUUGGAGACAGUCGAUUGCCGUCUCCCAAGGCCUGUGACGGUGCCGCCUUGAACACUCCGAUUCAGAGUGUGAUUGCUUCCCGAGACACAAGAAAGAAUCAUGACCAUGCAUUCGAGACAAGAUCAAGGUCUAGGUGGAAGAAUCGAGAUAUGAAUGGUUUAGAGAUCUAUCAAAAAGACUUCAGGCUUGAUGUUCCUAUUUGGAGUGCUCCUGCUAGUCCUUUCUCAAGUCCUACAUUCAGCCCACACAGACCCAGUGCUGGUGAUCUGCUCCCUCACAUUAAUCCUAUGGGAAAUCAAGUCUGGUCUGCCCCUGAGAUGCCCACUUCCGAUAUGAAUCCCGGGCUCCCUCCCCCUGCCUUCUCAGAUUACUCUAUAGUUAGCAAUGAUAAUUCCCCUAUACACAGUCCUUCAAAUAGAAGUCCCUGCCGAAACCCCAGAAGCCCACCAGGCUCAACAUCACCAUUGCAUACCAAAUUAUCAAUUGAAGCCUCCACAGCCCGGCGCGAGGGUAAUGGUUAUGUUGAAUUCCAUCCAUUGCCUCUGCCUCCUGGAGCAAACCUUAGCCUACCUUCGCCACAAGCUCUACUCACACCCAAACCAGAGUCCCAGCCAGUCAAAGGACAAUGGAAAAAGGGAAAGCUUAUUGGGCGUGGCACGUUUGGAAGUGUUUAUGUUGCUACCAAUAGAGAAACUGGAGCCUUAUGUGCAAUGAAGGAAGUUGAAUUAUUUCCUGAUGACCCAAAAUCUGCAGAAUGUAUAAAGCAGCUACAGCAGGAAAUCAAAGUUCUCAGCCAGCUGGAGCAUCCUAAUAUUGUGCAGUACUAUGGAAGUGAAAUAGUUGAUGAUCGAUUUUAUAUAUAUCUGGAGUACGUCCAUCCUGGUUCUAUUAACAAAUAUGUCCAUGAACAUUGUGGAGCCAUAACGGAAGCUGUUGUUCGCAGUUUCACUCGCCAUAUACUCUCUGGGUUGGCUUACUUGCACAGCACAAAGACAAUACACAGGGACAUCAAAGGGGCUAAUUUGCUUGUCGAUUCAUGUGGGGUUGUCAAGCUAGCUGACUUUGGAAUGGCAAAACAUCUUUCGGGACACGUGGGGAAUCUUUCUCUGAAGGGAAGUCCAUACUGGAUGGCUCCAGAGCUCAUGCAAGCUGUGAUGCAUAAAGAUAACAACUCUGAUCUAGCUCUUGCUGUUGAUAUAUGGAGUUUGGGUUGCACUAUUAUUGAGAUGUUCACCGGAAAACCUCCUUGGAGUGAGUAUGAAGGGGCUGCAGCCAUGUUUAAAGUUAUGAAAGAUCUUCCACCAAUUCCCGAAACAUUGUCAUCUGAGGGUAAGGAUUUCCUGAGAUGCUGCUUUCGAAGAAAUCCUGCAGAGAGGCCAACUGCUGCCGUGUUAUUAGAACAUCGAUUCUUAAAAAAUUCUCAGCCGCAUGAUGUCCAGUCUGUCACCCCGUCUGUCACCCAGGCAUCUAAUGCGAUGAAUUACAUGGGUAAACCCCGUCCAGUCGAACUUGAAAGAAAAUACGAUCAGUCACUGAUGAUUCCAGGCAUACUUGGACCCCAGACCAGUGCAUUCCCAAUUCGGUGA